AUGCCUUAUAAAAUCAGCCGAAUGAAAAAUUCGCUCGAGAUAAAUGAAACCGAAGGUUCCUUAUUGGUGGAUGAGAGGAAAAGAUUAAGAAUAGGCGAGUUAUAUCGCUACAAGUUUUCCGUGAAUAAAGAUGUCCUUAAAGAACAAGGGCUAGAUGUAUCGCACCUAUUUAUGAGGAUCAAAAACGAGGAGAGCGCGCUUCUGCGACCGGUUUAUUUAACGGGACCAUAUUCAUUCUAUAUUGAUGUUAGGCCGCAUAACUACAAUGAGAAUCGUAAGUUUUCAGGAAAGGAAGCCAUCCCAUUUGUUGAGAAUCUAAAGCCAGAUGAAAGAUUCAAAGUAAAAAUAUUAUUGAAUGAGAAUUCCAGAGUUGGUGACAGUUCUUUUUAUUCAUGGACAAUAGACAUAAUUUCGCAGUUAGCGGUAAUCACGAUCCCGAGGCUGGAAUUUACGUUCAGGAUAGGGACUACAAGGAAGGUGGUCAAGAAAUCGAAUGGGCCCCUUAACAGUAUUGAAGGCGUUUCUUUGGAGAUGUGGGAUACUAAAACCCUCUGGGACUUACCACCAAAAUUUCCAGAAAAGCCAGUACAUCUUGUUAUUGUGACACAUGGUAUAUUUUCUAAUAUCGGGUGUGAUAUGCUAUAUAUGAAAGACAAAAUUGAAGAAAUGACGUUCCCUAUGGAUGAGUCUAUUAAUCCUAAUAUAAUUGUUCGAGGUUUUAUGGGCAACGUGGGGAAGUCAGGUCACGGCAUACAUUGCUUGGGUGUUAGAGUUGGAAAGUAUGUGCUUAAGACUGUUGAUGAAUUGAAUAAAAAGUACGAGGUGGAUAGGAUAUCAUUCAUUGGCCAUUCCCUGGGGGGGCCAACUCAAUCAAUGGCAGUUCGUUACAUAACUGUCAAAAGACCAGAUUUCUUUGAUACUGUGAAAGGUGUUAAACCCGUUAAUUUUAUUACGCUAGCUAGUCCUUUUAUUGGUGUCAUUGGCGAUUUCCCCUUUUAUUUGUCUGUCCCACUUGAUAUGGGCGCCCUUGGUUUGACAGGAAGGGAUUUGAAUUUGAAAUAUACACCUUUAACGUCCAAGGAUGGGUUGUAUGCAGAUGAUGAAGCGUGCCCGGAACAUUCCAAGUACAUAUUAGAAAUUCUUCCACAGGCACCGGCCAAGAAAAUAUUCGAAUCUUUUCAAAGGAGAACCGUAUAUGCCAACGUCAUGGAUGAUGGCAUCGUUCCAUUACGAACUGCUGCACUUUUGUAUUUAGAUUGGCGAGGCAUACAUCAAGUUCAGAAAAUCAGGAAAAAAAAUAAGAAUUUUCCAACUUCUGGCGAGUAUGUAUCCUCCGACAGCCCAGAGAGUAGUGCAGCAUCGUCGCCUUCUAACGAAAAUGAUAAUAACGUUGGGGAGAUUCCCGCAGAAAGUCCAAAUAAAAAAGCGACCUUGCAGUGGACCUUACCCCAGGCUGUUAUACACGGAGGUAAGAUAAAUAAAUAUAAAAGGGGCCAAACUAAUGAGGCCAACUCAGAUUUGGAUAGCGAACAAGGAGUAGUCCUUGAUGGCCAAAAGUUCGAACCUCCAAAAGAAGCUAAUACUGUAUUGUCUGCGUUAUCAGUCCUAACAGCCGCCGUACCAAAUCAGGAAUAUAUCAAAGAUCCAGCCGUAAGAAAAGAUGAAAUCAUCCAUGACAAACUUUAUCACCCAGAAGAAUUGCCUCCUCCACAUUAUGAAAAUAGGCCUAUCGUUAAAAAGCUUAUAUAUCCUAAUGAGAGUGUCAAUAGGAUCCAAGAGCGCAUUGCUAGGGAAUGGCAAGAAACGAUGACUUGGAGGAAAGUAUUAGUACAAAUCCAGCCAGAUUCUCAUAAUAAUAUCGUAGUAAGAAGAAGAUUUGUUAAUUUAUACGGUUAUGUUGCUGUCGAACAUAUGGUUGAGCACCAUUUCGGUACUAAGGCUUGCAGCGAGCUGGCUGAUGAUCCAAAUGAGCCAAAAGAUGAGCCAAACCAACCAGAGCAACCGGACCUGUCGAAUGAGACUAGCGAGGGGAGAAAAUCAAAUAGCAUGGAAAAUAUCGCAUAA